UCCACCGUCACAUCUAUGUCGGUGGUGUCCAUUAAUUUGGUAAUAAAUUUGAUGUAGUGGUUUGUUGAAUUUGUUGUGUGAAUAUGGUAUCACAAUAUUUGAUGCUGUGCUUUGUGAAGUGUAUAUGGAUGUGCCUGAGUGGUUUUGUGUUGUUGAUUGUUUGUUAUUGGUGAGCACACUCGGAAGGUCGAGAUAGUAAUUUAUCUUUGGCUAAACUGAGUAGUGCAACAUCGAGUAUUCCACCGUCACAUCUAUGUCGGUGGUGUCCAUUAAUUUGGUAAUAAAUUUGAUGUAGUGGUUUGUUGAAUUUGUUGUGUGAAUAUGGUAUCACAAUAUUUGAUGCUGUGCUUUGUGAAGUGUAUAUGGAUGUGCCUGAGUGGUUUUGUGUUGUUGAUUGUUUGUUAUUGGUGAGCACACUCGGAAGGUCGAGAUAGUAAUUUAUCUUUGUCUAAACUGUGUAGUGUAACAUCGAGUAUUCCACUAUUGCUUAUCUGUCAGUGGUGUCCAUUCAUUGAAUAUCACAUUUGUUGUGUUUGUGUAUGAUAUGUUGAAUUUUUGUGUACAAUCUGCACGUAGUAAUUGAAGUGGUGUUGCAUAAUGUGGAUAGUCUUUAGGUUGUGUGUUUGGGAGAGAGAGAGAGAGAGUGAGGGAUAGGGAUAGAGGAUGAUGAAGGUGAUAUUUGUGUUUGACGUUGAUUUGUUUGUAUUGUGUAUUACAGGAGUGUUAAUCUUCUACAUGCUGUUUGUUGGAUUUAUAAUGUGUUGUUAAUUCAUUUUUAGUGUUUUUUUGUGUUUGGAUUCUGUUGUUGGUUUUUGUGUGUUAGGCUGUUGGUGGUUUCCGUUUCCACUGCAUUUUCAUAAUUGGUUUGUGUUUGUAUUUGAUAGAUAAUCAGCGAUUUAAUGAUUGAGCAUUGUUUAGGUUAGGUUUUGGGCACUGAAAACAGUUACUGUUUGUUAGAUCGUUUCGUGUUUAUCACUAAUUUUUGUUUUUAAUGAUACUGUGUUUUUCAAUAAUUUCGUCACAUUUUUCAUUGAUAAUAUUUUAAAAUUUUUGGGUUUUAUUAUUUUCAGCUUAGAAUGAAUUCAGUUUGGCGGACAAUAAAUUUUAAUUUGGAUACUAAAUUCUGUUUCCAUUUCUCAUUAUGGUGUAAUGUUAACAAUGCCAAUGAUAUCCAAACAAAAAUACAUUCAAAACAAUUUCCCUCCCUUUCAAACGCCGUCGUUAUUCUUUUUAGCAGUGAUUUCAUCAUCGAUAUAGUUCAGAUAGAAGCUGCUGUUACCCAAGCUUUAAUCCAUUAUAACGAUGAAUCUUCGGGUGGAAUGUAUACACGAGGAUUGGCUACAGAGAUUCUAUAUUGCCUUAGUCCGAACCGAUCGAUUACUCAUGCUCUGGAUGCAUUUGGACUUAAAGCAUCUACUAAAGAACUAAUUGUAGGGAUCAUUUAUCCCACAGAUGUUUAUCAACCAUAUGAUGGAGUUUUACUAGCCUACUUAUCACAAGUUGAAAAUACAAUCCAAGGUACAAUGAUUACCGGUUCAUUGUCACAGUUGGUCAAGAACAUUGAUACAGUCUGUGAAGAAUAUGGAAUAACGAAAUUAGAACGAAGUUUAAUCGAUAAAUCCGAUGAUCCCCAUAAAUCUUUACUUGAGAGUAUUUUAAGUCGUAUGGCAUCAAGGGAUCUUUUCAGACCUUGA